AUGGCCAGGCAGGGCGACCUGCUUCUGGGAGUGGUGGAGGAGGGCCGCCAGGGCCGCCAGGGCCUGCAGUCCUUGCGGUUGCAAUCUCCGCUGAAGUGGAAAGAUGAGCUGGUCAAACUCCAGAGCUCAGGGCAUCGGUUCUAUGUGCUGGCCAUCUGCUGGGACUCUUUGCCCGAAGGACUGGACGGCCUGGUGAGCGCCAUCGAGUGCCUGAGAAGACAUGGCUUGGAUCCCGUGGCAGCUCUGGAGGCUCCUUCGGGUCCUUCCGUAUCGCCGGACACCUUGCAACUCCUUUCCUCACAUAUCUGCAGGUGGGUUACGCGGAUGAGCCCGUGCAGCCCGUGCCUGCAUGGAGACCACCUCAGCACUGGACCUUCUGUCGCCACUGCCGGAGCCAGUGCUGCUGCACGCCGCCGUCGAUGGGGCAUGAGAUCGGCUGACACUUCCGAAGGAAUUUCGGAGUCUCCGGCAGCGGCAUUCUUCGGGAACGUGCACGCAACACUUCGUUCCCACGCGGCGGCACAGGAGGUCUUGCAGGAUGCUGAGUUAGGCAUCAUGUUGCACGCUGACUGGGUGGAGGGGGCGGAGACAGCAUCCCAGGACGCACAGCGCUUGAAUCGUGAUGCCGCUGAGCGCAUCUUACAAUGCCAGAUCGGCUGCAUUCUGUCGCCGCUGUUUCAUGGAGAAUACCCCUCUGAACUCGGCCUGCCGUUUACAUUCUCUGAUGCAGAGCAGUCCCUUCUUGCCCGCACAAGCUUUGUAAUGCUGUUGCACAACCAUGCCGGGCAGGUCCAGGUUGAGGUUGACUCGGUUCUCCAGAAAACCCGGGUUCAUCACGUGGCAGCAUCUCCGUCCACUCUCUCCAAAGUCUUGAAGUGGCUGUCUUGGCAUGGCUACUGCCCUGCUUACUGCCCUCCUGUUGCAGACCACUUGGGUGGGCUGAGUGGGCUGCAUGUUGUGCAUGUUGUCAGACCCCUUGGAAGCGGCAGACAGGCUGCAACGCUGCGAGCAGCGCUGCUGCGUGCAAUCGAACUUGGUGUACCAUUGAGGGGGGUUUGGGCCAGCGAGGAGGAAGCAUGCGACGAGGCUGUGCAGCAGAUCGUGUUUUCUCCCUCACGGUUUGAUGACGCAUCAGCUCCUUCAGUGUCGACCGCUCUCUUUACACAUCCGAGCAUGGAGCUGGGACAGCUGGGGAGCCUUUCGUGGAUUGAUCCGGCAAGUGUUUUGAUCACACUUGAUUUUCUGGAGCUUUGCAUUUGCCUGGGCAGUCGGCCUGACCCGCAAAAACUGAUUCCUCAAAUCACCCUGGCCAGAUGUCGCCAGCCCUGUCGCCAGCCCGACUUGCCCCAGACGCCCCAGACAGAUGUGAAGCAGGCAAGGACUACAAGUUGCCGCGCCCGCGAUGCAAGAUGGAGUGCACUCCUUGACCAGGUCGUUGCCAAGAGCUGUUGGCGUCAUGUGAGAGCACGCACAAAGGAAGGCAACAGCACGACAACCGGCAGCACUUCGCCACCAACGAGCUGUUCCACUUCUUUGUCAGAGUCGGCCGUUACCUUGUUUCUCCAGUUCAGGAGGUUGCAAAGAGCAGAGAAGCCCCACGAGCCGAAGGCGGAGCCGGAGGCUGAGCCGGAGGCAAGCACGAAAUGCACGAAAGGCAUGACAUCCUUGUCACCCUGGACACCCUUGGCUUCCGUGAGCACGGCACCCAGGACUGAGACACCGUCGCAUUGUCCCACCACCACGACCACCCUGGAAGCAGUGGUUCAGCUGUCGAAGGCGAAGCCUUUCCGAGUCACCGUUGGCAGUGAGCCGAGCGAGCUCGAACGGCUCAUGCGAAGGAGGAUUCCAGCAGACAACGUCGGUGCCGAAGUUGCCAGAUUAAGAGCCUUGGGCGAGGCUCUUCAGCACAGGCCCAAGCCACCUUCGCUUCAAGCUUUCACGGAGGAGAGCAGUCCUGUAGCGCAGCCUGGUCCACUGGACAGCGCAGGCGUGGACUGGGGCCAUCUGGGGCCCUAG